CUUCGCAAGCCGACGUUGUGCUGAACUCAUCGCGUGGACUUUCUUAGCGCUCUCCGACGUCACUCGCCCCGAUUUGCUUUUGGCUGGAUCGCAACCACAACUCCGGAGUUAAAUAACUACCUGCGUGUUAGUGACAGCAACAUCACUCCCAACGACUCGACAAUUGGAGGCUGUUACUGAUAUAAUAUUUGCGAUGUCUACGUCUCUCCUGCACACACAGCUCGGGCUAAGCUCGUCCGACCCCCAGGCCUCGCUGCGCCUGUCCCAGCAAGCUCCCUCAUUCCUGAAGACACAGCCCUCCCGCUUCCCUUCAUUCCCCUUCUCGAUCUUCACCCAGCGAGAAACACCGGAGCUAUGGACGAGCUACGAGCAGCUGCUGGCUGCCUGUCUACGGACGGGAGACGACAAGUCUGCGCGGGAGUGUUUGGACAGAUUGUCGAGUCGGUUUGGAAAGGACAAUGAGCGGGUUAUGGGGCUGCAAGGACUGUAUGAUGAGGCUACUGCGGCGGAUGAGGUGGCGCUGAAGAAGGUGUUGGAGAAAUAUGACGGUAUUUUAAAGGAGAAUCCAGUCAAUGUUCCAGUGUUGAAGCGACGGAUUGCUGUUCUACGAUCUCUAGGCAGAGCUGGUGAGGCUAUAUCCAGCAUGGUAGAGUUCCUGGACGCAUUCCCAACAGACGCAGAGGCAUGGUGUGAACUGUCGGACCUGUAUCACAGCCAGGGACUCUCUUCACAGUCCAUCUUCUGUCUUGAAGAAGCUCUCCUCGUCCUGCCAAAUGCAUGGAACCUGCAUGCACGGCUAGGAGAGUUGCUGUAUAUAUCAACGCACUCCCUCGAGUCCCCAGAAACGACGCUAACCCCUGGCGGAGUCUGUACGACGUUUAUGUCGAAGAAUCAAGUUUUCGACGAUUAUUUGCGCGGGUAUUACGGGCUGACCCUGGUAUGCACUGACUCCUUUAUGGUACUACUCCUCUAUGACGGGUUAGGCUUACAUGGUCGUAGAGUACCGCUCGGCUGCUGGAGAGGCUAGGCCCCAAGUCGAGACGAGACGAGACGCUGCCGACAGCCGAGACGACACAGAAGCUCAAUGAGCUGUCCGUGCAGAAGCUGCGAGAAAUUGUAAAGGAGAGAUGCAAGGAUGGACGGAGCCCGGAGUUCAACGAGAGCGAGCUCAUCGCUGCCCAGGCGCUGCUUGACCGGCUGUCCAAGUCAAGCUGAUGGACAUUACAUACGUGCAUGCAAACAUCUUCCAUCGUCGUCGAUCUUCUGUCGGUAUCCGAGUCUAAGUAUGGAGUAGCUAAGGGUGUGCGCGAGAACAGCUCCAGAGUUCGUCGAUCUACUUAGCAUAGCACUC